GGAGAAGCUGCAGGAAGGGGGAUCUGUCUGGUGGACACACCUGGAUGGAGUCGUUCUAUUCUUCAUACCCCAGAGAAGAUUAAAAAUGAAGUUAUUAGAAGUGUACACUUUUGCCCUCCAGGACCCCACGCUCUGAUUUUGGUAUUGCGUGUCAAAAGCCUCACUGAACUGCCUUCUGUAAAACAACUUAAAACAGCAAGCCGACACAUGGAGCUGCUGUCUGAGAGGGUCUGGAAGCACACUAUGGUGCUGUUCUUAUGUGAUGAAGACGUGGAGGAUCCCACAGUCGAAGCAAACAUUCAGAAAGCAAACAAACUACUGGAAAAAUGUGGCAACAGACACUAUGUUCUCCGCUCUGAAGCCCUGGUCUCUGAGUUCCUCCAGGAAAUUGAUAAGAUGGUGGAAGAAAACUGUGUUGAUUUCUUCCUGCCACAGGUUUACUAUGAAUAUUGUCAAACAAGAAUUAAAGAGGCUGAGGAAGCAGUGAUUAGGCGCCGGCGUGGAAAUGUCGAGGGGCUUCGUCAUAUUAGCCAGAUAGGAUUGUGCCAUGGGCCUGACAUGGCACUGGGUGCUCUUAUUGGAUUAGUGGCUGGAUCUGUCUAUGGAGUCAUGGGGUCACGCCUGGGAAUUGUCAUUGGAGCCGUUGUGACAGUUCCACUUGCUUUGUGGUUGAUUGGUUCUGCAUGUCUGGCAAAAGAAGGUUAAAAUAUUCUUCAACAUUUGCAAGUAAACUGUAAAUAGAAGAGUGUAAAUUGGCCAUCAGGCUUCUAUUCAGCCUAUGUGCUGUCCCUAUUUGUGAAAAAAAUGUAUUGUAUAAUAAUGUGAUCCCAAUUUGCUCUUAUUAUCCUUGUAGAAACUGUGUAUUUAUCUGUUCAUACUGAGGGAGUUGUGCAGGAGCCUGCAGUGGGGAACCCCUUUUGUGCAGAGUCAGAAAAAUCUUUUUUUUAGAUUAGUUUUUUUAAUGUUUCUUUGACAGCACUGACGUCAUAAGCAAGGUAACACAUGAAUACCUGAUUCAUUGUCUACAAAACACAAUCCUUACACCAACAUUACACAGCCCAAUAUUCUGCAACACUAGGCUAGUGUUUGCUCAGGGUUGGAGCUAAACUCUGCAGUGUGGAAGAUCUCCAGGACCGGAAUUGCUCUACAUGUUUUUAAAUGGGGCUCUAGUAGACAAAUUUCUGAUCAAUAACAAAGAUAAAAAAUGCUUUAAAGCCACAUUGUGUCUAAAUAUAUACACUCUUAUGAACAGCCCAAUAUAUAAUGAUUUUUCACUGGUCGUUUUGGCCUGGUGAGAAUUCAGAUUUAAACCCUAUAGAGAAUAUGUGGUCUUACAAUAAAACAAGCAAUGUUUGA